UGUAGACUGUAGUGGGUUCAGUUGUGGUCGGAAGUUCGUCGCAGCGUGGUGUUACUAUAAUGUUAUGUAGUUGGUUUUAAGAAAAAAUAUUUAAAUUUUGCAAAUUGUUGAGUUCGAAGCAUCAUAGCUGAAUUGGAAGACGUAACGCUGACCCGAACAGCAGGUCGUGGAAUAGGAUCCAAAUUUUGACAAUACUAGAGAUAUACUAAGGGCUAAAGCGAUGGAUUUUUUCAAUGAAGACAAUUUGUAUGAAUACUACAAAGUUUUUCAAAGUGAAGUCGUGGACAGAUUUAACAAUAUGAGGUCAGGAGCGCCGCGUGGCCUCAUCUCUAUGUUGGUGACGUACCUGGCGGUGUCUGCUGCCGAGCAGAAUGAGACCAUCGUUGACUUUAUCGGCAAGGGUAUCCAGAAAGAGAUCAUGGACGUCAAGCAUCCCAUUGAUGAGACCCUUGUUUCUAUUGGCUCUUCACAGUGCAAAAAUGUGAAGAAACUAAUCGGUGUAUCGUACGAACAGAUAGAGGGCGCUAACGAACCAGAUCUGAACUCGCUAAAACUGCUCUACAAGAAUCGGGUGAAGAGUCGCUUGAUCAACAUCUCUGACGCGGUGCCGUACCUGCGGCAGGCGCGGGACUACGAGCCAGACCGGAGACUCAUCAUCUUCGUGCACGGGUUCACCGACAAUCCCUUCAAAGACAGUUUCACUAACAUCAGCGCCUCCUUCCUAACAAACAACGAGAUCAGUCUGCUGGCGCUGGACGGCAGCUCGCUCAUCAAGUGGCUGUACCUGCGCUCCACCACAUAUGUGCAGUUCAUGGGCCGCAAGCUCGGGGAGAUUUUCGCCGUCAUGGUGCAGCAUGGUUUUGAUCCAUCCCAGAUCCACAUGAUCGGCCACAGCCUGGGUGCCCACAUUUGCGGUUUCGCUGGGAAAACCUUCCAGCAGCUCACCAAGCGGAAACUGGGCCGGAUAUCCGGGCUGGACCCGGCUGGACCCUGCUUCAGUGACGUUAAACCGGACCUUAGGCUCAAGGAGACUGACGCGGACUUUGUUGACGUCAUCCAUACUGAUGCUGGGGUUUACGGACUCAAAGAACCUGUUGGUCAAGUGGACUACUUCCCCAACAGUGGCGCCAAACAGCCAGACUGUGUGCUGCAGACCUGCUCGCACUCCCGAGCCUGGAUCCUGUACGGAGAGUCCGUCCUGAACCCACACGCCUUCCCGGCUCUGCGCUGCAAUGACUGGGACGCCUUCAAGAAUCAACAGUGUGAUGGCGAUAUCAGUUAUAUGGGUUUCUCGUCGCAACCCGGUACUCGCGGCUCGUACUUCCUGCGCACCGGAGACAAGUUCCCGUAUGGACUGGGUCGCGAGGGUCUGCGCUACAAGAACGAAAAGGGAAUCGUCAAGAACCUUGGCAACUUGUUUGGAUAAAUAAAUAAUUGAUAUUUUUUA